UGGCUAAAUUUGUGUGCGUGUGUGUACACCCGUGUGUUGAAUCGAAACCUGGAAGAAACGCAUGAAGAAGAAAACGAGGAAGGCACACUAUCCGGUACAUGUGAUCAAUCGUUGGGCACAGAACGUCUAGUGAUCAAUGUAAGCGGCUUGCGGUUUGAAACGCAGCUGCAAACGGUGAAUCAGUUCCCGGACACGUUGCUCGGGAAUCCACGCAAAAGGGAUCGAUACUACGACCCGUUACGCAAUGAAUAUUUCUUCGAUCGUAAUCGAUCCAGUUUCGAUGGAAUUUUAUAUUUCUAUCAAAGUGGGGGCCGAUUACGUCGUCCGGUUAAUGUGCCCAUCGAUGUAUUCACUGAAGAAAUUAAAUUUUAUGAGCUCGGUGAUGAAGCUUUGGCCAAAUAUCGUGAAGAGGAGGGUUUUAUCAAGGAAGAACCCAAAGUGUUGCCAAGGAAUAAAUUUCAACGCAAGGUGUGGCUUCUGUUCGAAUACCCAGAGAGUUCGUUAGCCGCCCGGUUUUUGGCUAUCGGAUCUGUGUUUGUGAUUCUUCUGUCUAUUAUCAUAUUUUAUGAUCGGAUUACCAUAGAGGAGGAUGAUUUGCCCACAAUUGAUCAACCGUUUUUUGCGGUCGAAACGUUCUGCAUUAUCUGGUUCAGUUGUGAACUGCUCAUUCGGUUCGCUUCAGCACCGAAAAAACUACAGUUUUUCAAAGUAAUCAUGAAUGUGAUCGACGUGGUCUCCAUUAUCCCCUACUUUAUCACAGUUGGAGCGGUGAUUAUUGACGAUCCAAAACGACAAAAUCAGACCACCUCGUUGGCCGUACUUCGUGUUAUACGAUUGGUCCGUGUCUUUCGUAUUUUCAAACUUUCACGCCAUUCAAAGGGAUUACAAAUUCUCGGUCAAACAUUACGUGCUAGUGUACGAGAACUGGGUCUGCUGGUAUUUUUCCUGCUCAUCUGUGUUAUUCUGUUCUCCUCGGCCGUGUAUUUUGCCGAGGCAGACGCGGAUACCUCACUGUUCCGCAGUAUCCCGGACGGAUUCUGGUGGGCUGUGGUCACUAUGACUACAGUUGGUUACGGGGAUAUGCGUCCGGUUACCGUUUGGGGCAAAUUGAUCGGAUCGUUGUGUGCAAUUGCCGGAGUGUUGACGAUUGCCUUGCCAGUGCCUGUGAUCGUGUCUAAUUUCAACUAUUUCUAUCAUCGUGAAACGGAAUCGGAAGAGAAUCAUUGA